AUGGAGAGAUUAGGAGAGAGAGAGAAGAGCGUUCAUGAGGCGUUUGGCUGGGCCGCGAGAGACUCAUCAGGCCAUCUCUCUCCCUUUGUCUUUUCUAGAAGAGAAACAGGAGAGGAAGAAGUGAGAGUGAAGGUGUUAUACUGUGGAAUAUGUCACAGUGAUCUCCAUUGUCUCAAGAACGAAUGGCAUUCCUCUAUUUACCCUCUGGUUCCUGGUCACGAGAUCGUUGGAGAAGUGAGUGAGAUUGGGAGAAAAGUAAGUAAGUUCAAUAUCGGAGACAAAGUUGGUGUGGGAUGCAUAGUAGAUUCGUGCCGCGCGUGUGAGAGCUGCCGUGAAGAUCAAGAAAACUAUUGCACCAAAGCAGUCGCAACCUAUAACGGAGUUCAUAAUGACGGAACGGUUAACUACGGUGGAUACUCCGACCACGUCGUUGUUGACGAACGUUACGCCGUCAAAAUUCCCCACAUGUUGCCUCUUGCUUCAGCCGCACCUUUGCUUUGUGCAGGCAUCUCGAUGUAUAGUCCAAUGAAGUACUUUGGAUUGGCCGGACCGGGGAAACAUGUCGGAAUUGUGGGACUAGGUGGUCUUGGACACAUUGGGGUGAGGUUUGCUAAGGCAUUUGGGACCAAAGUCACAGUGGUUAGUUCGACCGCAGGGAAAUGUAAGGAUGCUCUUGAAAAUCUUGGAGCUGAUGGGUUCUUGGUUAGUACUGAUGAAGACCAAAUGCAGGCCGCAAUGGGAACUAUGGAUGGCAUAAUCGAUACUGUUUCUGCAUCACAUUCAAUUGUACCAUUAAUUGGACUACUCAAAUCCAACGGUAAACUUGUUCUACUCAGUGCAGCAGAGAAGCCAUUUGAUCUACCUUCAUUUUCCUUAAUUAUGGGAAGGAAAUCGGUGGUGGGAAGUGGUAUUGGAGGAAUGAAAGAGACGCAAGAGAUGAUUGAUUUUGCAGCUGAGCAUGGCAUAGAAGCAGACGUUGAGAUAAUAUCAAUGGAGUAUGUGAACACCGCCAUGGAUAGACUUGCAAAAGGAGAUGUUAGGUAUCGUUUUGUCAUCGACAUCGCAAACACAUUGGUUGCUGCUUCUCGCUCUUAA